UGCCACAUGGGAGGGGCCAGGCCAGCUCCUCUCAUUUCCCUGGCAAAUGUUUGUCACCAGUUCCCUCUCCAGCAACUCGACGAGAACAGGCAGCUCUGUGGAGAAUAGGAUGCAUUAAUGGAGCCCGUCGGCAGAGCCGCCUUCCUGCUGUCUUACGCAGUGAUCUUCCUCCUCGCAGGUGCGGACUCCACGUUGGUAAGGGCGCCCCAUGUUCUCCAUGGCGUCUAUGGGCAGCCCCUUCUCCUGCCGGUGGAGCACCUCUUCCGGGUGGAGGACAUGGUGGAAGUCCAGGGCUACUGGCUCUUCCGGACGAGGGCCCAUGAUUUCACACAGCUCGUCACCUUCAUGAACAACAAGUCCAUUGUGGAAAUGGAGGCGAAGAUGAACAACAGGUUCUCCUUUCACCCGCCCAAUGCUUCACUGCUGAUUAACCGCCUGGACGAGUCCAUGGAAGGGGACUACAAGCUGGUGAUCAGCGUCAUUUUUCCCAGCAGAACAGGGAUGGUGAAGGACAAUGACAAUCUGGUCCACGUCACGGUUGAUGUGCCCGUGUCCACUCCAGCCGUUGAGAUGAGUCCUGCCGCGGAGGUGGUGGAGGACAGAGACUCCGUGGUGUUGAGGUGUUCGGCGGAGAAUGGCACCCGGGUGGUGUACGAGUGGUACCGGAACGGCAGUCCGGUUCGCACCGGUGGCCGUCUGUCCAACAGCAGCGCUCCAGACGGCAGCAUUCUUACCAUAAGCCCGGUUAGAAAGGAGGACAUCGGGGACUACACCUGUGCGGCAAAGAAUAAUGUCAGCCUGAAGACAAGUCUGCCUGUCCCUCUGAGUGUGUUCUACGGACCGUACAACCUGGCUGUCAGCUCAGACCAGGGCCUGCGAACGGGGGCGGUCUUCACGGUCAACCCCGGGGAGCUGGUGUUUUUCGACUGCUCGGCGGACUCCAACCCCCCGAACAGCUGCGCCUGGAUCUCCGAGACCAACAACGACACGGAGGUCAUAACGACCGGCCGCCGCUUCGAAGUGAUGGCCUAUAAGCUGGCGCACACAGAGGAGUAUGUGUGCCGUGCCUUCAACAACGUCACGCAGAAGCAGGACGAGACUCGCUUCACCCUCGUUGUGGCCAGCUGGGGUGCCGGGAAAGAAAAACAUUUCCAGGAAGGCAGCUUUGUGUCCCCUCUGGCGGCCAUCGCCGUCUCCUCCUUGCUCAUUAUCGGCUGCAUGCUGCUGGUGAUGUUCCGAAAGACCUGCCAUCCGCAAAGAGUUAUCAUGAAAAUUUACAAUAGGCCUCUGACAGAACAAAAGGGACCACACCUCUCAGGUCACGAAGACGCAACUGAAGACUUCGGCAUUUAUGAAUUUGUGUCUAUUCCAGGGAAAGCAGAAUCUACACGGGCGUCCAGCAAGUCUCUGGUACGCCUCGAUUCAGUCCAGGAUUUGCAUACCACCAUCUAUGAUGUUAUCAGGCAUAUCCCAGAAACACCCACGCAAAGUUUAUUGAAGUAAGGUCCAGGAGUGGAAAACAGGAAGUUUGUGAUGGCCAGAUCCAUGGCCUCGAUGAUUCACCUGGGAAGAGACCCCUGUGAAGUAUGGAGACACUUCUUUGCCCUCCACAGCAAAUAGUUAUUAAUGGUUUUAAGUACUCCUGAUGAGGAAACAGGGAUUCCCCUGACCAAUGACUCCAUCUAACCAACAAAAUAUUGUGGUAGCAGCCAUUAUGUAAGACAGUUAUUCUUAUUACUUUUGGCACUAAUACUGUAUGUAUGGUUCUUUUUGAAAUAUUAGUUUUUUGUUAUUAUUUAAGGCCUGAUUUGUAAAUUUGUAAAAAGCCAGGAGCCCAACAAUCUUGAACAGAUACCACUGAGAUACUACUUACAGUACUAUCAUAUACACUAUAUGGACAAAAGUAUUCGGACACCUGACCAUUA